UAUCGUAAUGUCAAAAUCAGGUGUGUCGAUGUCAUAGAAAAGUGGUUAUGUUUGUUUAAAAAAUACCUUAUAGAAAAAAAUCCUUCCACUUUAACAAAAAAAUAAAACAUCCACCUAAAACAAACCUAGCACAACCAUUCGUACAGCUAAAUGAAGAAUAAUUUCCUGUAAGAAUGCACUGGCAAUGACGUUCUAUUUUGAGCCCAAAUAAUUUUCUAUGGAUAGUGGCCAAAGGUUAAAUUUUUAGUGCAUUUCGGUAUGAAGUCAUGAAGUAACAUUGCGUUUGGAGUAGAUCGACCCUCCCCCGUUGUUUGUGGCUGAAAUGGAUGAUUUCAAACUGAGAGCUGGUGAAAAAAUUGGGGCUUUGCAUGAUGCCGCUCUGGGUGUAGCAAAUAACAGCAAAAUCAAAAUCAAUGAUGCUAUUGAUAAAACCGUUGAGGCUGCAAAGAAGAUCAGAGAGGUUGUGUUAGAGUUGUGGCAGCAUGAGUUAGUGUUAGAGGGCCGGGCGCGAGCGGCGGCCUGGGCGGCCGAGGCGGUGCGCAGAAUCAGAGAGGGCGCUCUGCCCCUCUCUCCGGCCGUCUUAUACCAAGACCUGGUCGACCUGUUCAAGGAUAGAGUAUGGCGUCGCAGUAUGGUGAUCUUCGUAUGUGGCGUUGCGGUGGGCGGGGGCGCGGGCCUAAUGGUCGGGCUCCGGGCCGGGACCCGCGCUCCUCUCGGACCUCACGCUAGGGCGCUGCACACGCAAAGCGAUCAGACCGUCCUCCUGGUAGAGGAUGCUGUGUCUCCGGGAGUGUCAGCGGGGGAGGUGCUAGUCCGAGUGCAGUCGUUCAGUGUGUGUCCUGUAGACCGCGCCGUGCUGCGCGGCCGGGGUUCCGCCCUGCGAGCUCUGUUGGGAACCGGACCCGUUACUGUGGGACGAGGCUUCGCGGGAGUGGUGCUGGACGUGGGCCAGGGGGUCAACGACCUGGAACUGGGCGACGAGGUUUGGGGAGUCGUCAGCGAAUGGAGCGGCGGCGGGGCCAGUGAACUACUGGCAAUUAGGAGGAGCCGUGUGAGUCGCUCCCCGCGCGGCGUAUCCCCUCCUCACGCGGCCGCCAUCCCCUGGGGGGGCACGAGAGCGCUAAAGGCCCUCGGAAAGAUUGAUAUGAAGGGAAAAAGGGUGUGCGUGGUGGGCGGCAACACGUCCGCCUCGUGCCUGUCGAUACAGCUGCUGUGCGGGCGGGGAGCGAGGGUGUGCGUCGCUGAACACUCGAAAGCACAUCCCACCAUGAAAGCACUCGGCGCGCACGAGUUCAUCGACCUGUCGUCGGAGGCGUGGUGGGUGUCUUUGGAGAAGGCUACGUCGCGGGCCGCGCUCUGGGACUCGCUCGUCCUAGGAGACACGGCGCCCAACAUCCCGCACAAGGGACUCGUCAAAGCCACCAGUCGCUUGCGUUCUAUAUCUCUGCGUCCGAGGCCUCUAUUGUCGGACCGUGUCCCCUCCCCCGUGUGGCCGGCCUUCUGCGUAGCCUUCAUGAUGUACAGGCUGCUCAGGUGGUCAGUUGGUCUCGGCUGGCACACUGAUUGGUUGGAAGAUGGUAAUCCGAGCGAACAGCUGGAGGUGUUGAGGGAAAUGGUGGACGAGGGUCAGCUGGCUCCGGUACUAGACAAGGUAUACUUACCUCACGACUUCGAAGCGGCGCUGGCACACGCGUGCAGUGAUGAAGCGGUCGGGACAACCGUCAUACGGUUCCCAUGAAGAUAUUUAUAUAGUAAUAUAAAAAAAGUAUAGCUCAAACUAAAUAUAAAUACGAAAAUCUUUAUUUGAAUUGUACCUAAUAUAUAAUUUUUUGAAAGGAUUUAUAUACAUAUAUUUUUUUAUAAAAUUAAUACAAAAACGACGUUCCUCGAUGUAACUUACUUCCUAAUCGAUUUUUUUUUACAAUUCAUAACGAAUUCAAACAAUAUUCUAAAUCAAGACUUUGAUGUUGUCUGUAAAUAGUUGUAAAUAUAACAUGGUGCUAACAUUUUAACUAGGAACAUUCGAUUUUGUAGAAAAUUUUUAUUAUUAAAUUAUUUUUUUCCAACACUGCCAUUAGCCACGAUACAUCAAAUGGACUUGAUUAAAAUAUUAUAUUAUAUGAAAAUGAAUUUAAUUUUUGUAUUGAAUUUUACAUACCGAAUGCUGUGGUUGCGUUAAAUCGAUGUCCUUCAUGAAGUGCGCCAUCCGUAUACAAAACAAAUGUAAAUAAUAGUUGAAUGUAGAUAGAAAUCAAUUAAAUGUAUGAUAAAGACAAA